AUGGUUAUCGGUAAAUUGAAAAUAACGAUUUUUGGUGUAAAAGGAUGGCCGAUAUUAGAGGUGGCCGAGAAGUGGGGUGCUAGACUUAUUGCUCCUUUCACAACCACUGCAUCUGCAAGAAAUGGAAGAAAUGGAAGAAAUGAAGUAGAAGAAAAAGAAAAAGAAAGAUAUAAAAUGAUAGGUAUAGAUAGACCAUUCGAAUUAGAAUCGGGGUUGGAUCAUGCGGUUUUGAAGAGGUAUGAGAUGAAUGGGUGCUGGAUGAGUGGUUGGGCGGUGGUGAAUAGCUUGGGAGUUACAUAUUUCCUCAACAUUGAAUUGUUCACUGCAACAAAUUUUGAUAUAAACCCAAUAGUACUGAGUUGGAGAAGGACUGACUCGGAAGAUGUAAUGAGUGCUAGGUAG